AUGGCGUCGACCGACGAGCCGCUGUCGCUCGGCGCCGCCUUCGAAGCGGCCGAGGAAGGACGGCGGGAGCUCGAGUCAUCGCCUGACGCGAUGCGACCGACGUUCGCCGAUGAGCUUGAUGUCGUGCUCGCUGCCUAUGUUCGUGUUCUCGAUCAGGUCGCCGUUGUUGGCCUCUUUUCCGCCAACGAGACGCUCGAGGAUGUUGCGACCAGUUCUCUGCCCUACCUCCUUAUUCACUUCCACAUCGCCGAGCUCGUACAACGUACGCCCUCUGUCGCCACCUCUGCAGCCCGCCAUAGAAUCCUCGUCCUCGGGCGCGCCCGUGUCGCCUACGAGCGCUUCCUCGCCCUCGUUGAUGCCUACGGUCUCAUCCUCGAUCCGUACGACAAGCUCCUCGAGCGUUACCGCGACGAUAUCGAAGCCUUCCGCGUCGUCCCCCCCGGACGUGACGCUGCCGCGCAACGCGAGGCCAAGAUUGCGGGCUUUCGGGCCGAAAAGGCCCUCGAAGCGAAGCUUUCUCAUCUCCGAGCGGAAGCAAACGCCCGCUACGCCGACGGUGGCGCCGACGAGGAUAUCGCUCGCGAGGUUCACCUUGCGAGCAUCCGCUGCGCCAUCCACCAGGCUUUUCACGCCCUCGAUUCGCUCAAUCGCGAACUUCCGCUGCUCGCUCAGGCGCCCGAACCAGAGGACAGCUCGCGCGCGACGGCCGCAAAGUCCCGUACCGACAAGGACGAUGAUGUCUCUUGGCGCCUAGACAAUCCCCUCGCACGCGGCCCAAAUCGUGGCGGCCCGCUGCUCUCCCGUCAAGGCCAACCGCUACAACCCUUCACCCUCGUCGGCUCGCGCGCCGACCGCACCAAAGCCGUCUUCCGUCCAGGCCACAACCUGCCAACGAUGUCCAUCGACGAGUAUCUCGAUGAGGAGAGACGCCAGGGCAACUUCCUUGAGGGCGGCACCGAAGCUGCAAAGCCCCCCCUGGACGAGGAUGACAUGGACGCCGUCGAUCGCGCCACCUACAAGGCUCGCAGCUGGGAUGACUUUACCGAUGACAACCCACGGGGAUCUGGAAACACACUGAAUAUGGGCUGA